AUGGACGGGCCAGAGUCUACUGAUGACCCUGUGAGCAUGUCGUACAAUUUUGAAUCUUUGAAAAUGUCUCAUAUGCAAAACCGCGUUAAAGUCUCGGAUGGCAACAUCCAGACUUGCCUUGAAGAACCUUCAAACGUUGAAGGAGCUAGCAUUUUCACUUAUUUGUUUCAUGGAUUUAUUCUACAUAUACGUGAGAAUGAUUUUAGGUCCCAAAGAAAAGUUGGCGGUAAUUUUGUGAAUGCAAGUGAACCUGGCCAAAUAAAUUUAUUGGAAAUUAGUCCUCGCAUAAGCAAUAAAUUCGACCAUAACGAUGCUUCAACUAUCGCAUCGAAAGUCAAUUUCAUCGGAGACUCAAACACGACAUUAACGGAUGAACCGCGUGCAGUGGCCGUUUCGGCAAAUGGCGAGAAGCAUUCUAUCGACCUGAAUGAUUUAAAAGAAAAUAUAAGUAACUCGUUUGUCGCUAGUCAAUCUACGCUGGAAAACAUCAGUGCUAUGUCUGUACAGGAUUCAUUUCCAUCAAUUAGAAUCGAUGGCGCGACGGAGCACUUAUAUCGACCUGUGUCGAAGUGUCAUAUAGAUAGCGCGAAGCUGCUUAAGAAACAGAUGUCGUCACGACGACACAAUAAUCAAAAGCAUCGCUUGAUUUGCACUCCCCGUAACUUGGAUCGCUUAUCAGGAUCACGUAUUAAAAGAGACUCAUCACAGCUUCAACCAAGAAUUAGUACGACAAAUGUUCAGACUCAAACGGGUGCUGAUACCAUAUUAGUAUCAAAAUCGAUUCAGGCCUCGAAUUUAACGCAAGAGAAAUGUACCAUCCCACCGACAACAACAAAGCAAAGACUGAUUUAUACGCAAGUUAACCCGGAAAACACACAUGUACCCCAUCAUAAUGGCAAUGAAUAUGGAAGAUACGAACAAUACAGCGAACCGCAAAGGAGAAUAACAAAAUCACCUUUAACGCUUCCGCCAAGAACUCGAACCCCUUCUCCACGCAGACCAACCUUAGAAAAGCCUUUAAGACCCUACGGCAACAAGCAUUCAAAUUUAAGUUCCAGUUAUUCAGAAUUACGUGCUAUAGCUUCUGGAGUUACAUUGAUAACCGUAGUCUGGUGGCUACUUUCUACAAUCUUUCAACUGGGAGGCAUUAGCAAUUUCAUGGAUAACGUUAUCUAUCAGAUUCGAACAUUUUAUUUUGCCGAUGAGAAGCCAAAGACAAAAGUCGAACUUCUUUGGGAAUUUAUAGCAAAUUUUUGGCCUUCUUAA